GUACGUGCAUCAGCGUCGUAGGCAGACGGACAUCUUUUUUUUUCUUUUUCUUUUUUUGAGGAGGAGGAGGAGUGGAAAUCUAUUCCUCUGCACGGCGGCGCUACAGUGCUACUCAGUCACUUCGAAGACGCAGCUAGCUUGUAGACGCCCAUGGGUUCUCACCUCGGCGAGGGCGUGCUGGAAGCUGGCGGUGGCGACGGCGGCGGAAGCCACGUGCUCCUCCUGCCGUACCCGAGCCAGGGCCAUAUCCACCCCAUGCUCCAGUUCGGCAAGCGCCUGGCGUUCCACGGCCUGCGCCCCACGCUCGCGGUCACCCGCUUCAUCCUCGCCACCUGCGCGCCCGACGCCGCCGCGCUGGGUAGCGCGGUCCGCGUCGCGGCCAUCUCCGACGGCUUCGACCGCGGCGGCUUCGGCGAGUGCAGCGACGUCACUGCCUACCUCGCCCGGCUCGAGGCCGCGGGGUCGGAGACGCUGUCCGAGCUCCUCCGGGACGAGGCCGCGCGGGGCCGCCCCGUCCGGGCGGUGGUCUACGACGCGUUCCUGCCGUGGGCGCAGGGCGUGGCCCGGCGGCACGGCGCCGCGGCAGCCGCGUUCUUCACGCAGCCGUGCGCCGUGAACGUGGCGUACGGGCACGUGUGGUGCAACCGGGUACGCGUGCCGGUAGAGGCGGGCACCGCGGAGGUCUGGCUGCCCGGGCUGCCGGCGCUCGAGCCAGAGGGCUUGCCGUGGUUCCUCAGGGUCGGGCCCGGCCCGUACCCGGCCUACUUCGAGAUGGUCAUGAGCCAGUUCCAGGGGCUGGAGCAAGCCGACGAUGUGCUUGUCAACUCGUUCUACGAGCUGGAGUCUGAGGAGGCGGCGUACAUGGAGUCGGCGUGGCGCGCCAAGACGAUCGGGCCGACGGUGCCGGCCUCCUACCUCGGCGACGAUCGCCUCCCGUCCGACACCAGGUACGGCUUCCACCUCUACGAGCUGACCACCGCGCCGUGCAUCGCCUGGCUGGACACCCACCCUCCGCGCUCCGUGGUGUACGCCUCCUUCGGCAGCCUCUCCGACCUCGACCCCGCGGAGAUGCGCGAGGUCGCGCACGGCCUCCUCGACGCCAGACGGCCAUUCCUCUGGGUUGUCCGGUCGUCGGAGUCCCACAAGCUGCCCGCCGGCUACGAGGAGGCCUGCGGCCAGCGCGGACUGGUGGUGUCGUGGUGCCCGCAGCUGGAGGUGCUGGCGCACCGUGCCGUGGGGUGCUUCCUGACGCACUGCGGGUGGAACUCGACGGUGGAGGCGCUGGUGACCGGCGUGCCGAUGGUGGCCGUGCCGCAGUGGACGGACCAGCCGAUGAACGCCAAAUACGUGGAGGCCGUAUGGCGGGCGGGCGUGCGGGUGCGGCCGGCCGCCGAGGACGGGCUCGUACGGAGUGGGGAGGUAGUGAGGGGAAUCCACGAGGUGAUGGACGGCGAGAAGAGCGACUGGUACAGGAGGAACGGCGCCGUGUGGAUGGAGAAGGCCAGGGCGGCGAGCAGGGAGGGCGGCAGCUCGGACAGGAACAUCGCCGAGUUCGUGGCCAAGUACGUACGCCUCCAGCGCAAAGUGAAAUGAUGGAACUAAUAAAGGUAGCAUGCACAAAUUUGUUGCACGAACAACGAUGCUUUGCGGUGCAUAGCAAAUUUGUAUAUUGAUCAUGAAUGGAUUCACGAGCUAGCUAUCGUA